ACAUAUGAUAUGAUACAACAACUUGAAAUAUUGUGUGGUUGGAGUGAUGAUGAUGAAUGGUGUAGUUUAUUUGGUGUUGAUGGUGCAGCUACUUGCAUGGACCAGCAGUGCAGCGGUGGUGGCAAGUGGGAAGUGCAUUGAGAGUGAAAGGCAAGCUCUGCUUUCUCUCAAACGUGGCUUCAAUCUCACCCAUGAUGAUGAUUGGCUGUCUUCAUGGGGAGAUGGGGAGCAGCAGAAGGAUUGUUGCAACUGGGAAGGCGUCACGUGCAGCAACCACACAGGCCAUGUUCUCAUGCUUCAUCUUCAGGGUGAUGGUUACACUCGUGGAUCCAUAAGCCCAUCACUGGGUGAGUUACAUCAUUUGAAGUAUUUGGACCUUAGUGGUAAUCACUUUACUCACACUCCAUCCAUCCCUCCUUUCAUUGCCUCUUUAACAUUUUUGACACACCUCGAUCUCUUUUCUUGUUCCUUUGGUGGAAACAUACCCCCUCAAUUGGGAAAUCUACUCUUCCUCGAGUAUCUUGAUCUUAGUUCCAAUAAUCUGGUUGGAGGAUUUCCUCUUCAACUCACAAAUAUGUCAUCCUUGACAUAUUUGGAUCUUAGUCAUAAUAGCCUUAAUGAAACAAUGCCACCCCAACUUGGAAAUCUCUUAUCCUUGGAACAUCUUGAUCUAAGUGCAAAUGCAUUCACCGGAACCAUUCCUAGUCAAUUCAAAAACCUUUCUCGUUUACAGUAUCUUGACCUUCAUUACUGGGACAAAACCAUGUCAUUAAGUUCAGAUUUACAAUGGCUAUCUGAGCUUUCAACCAUGAGGUAUCUUUCACUUCCUAGGGUGAAUCUAAGUGGUGCCAGCAAUUGGCAACAACAAGUGAGUAGCCUUUCUCAUCUUCAACAUUUAGACUUGCAUGGUUGCAAUCUUGUUGAUUCCGUGCUCACUUCAUCACUUGCAUCCACUUCUCUCUCAUCUGUGGAUAUCUCUAACAACUCUCUAAGGGAUGCAUCCUUGAUAUUCCCCUGGUUAAUGAAUUCCACUCGUAACCUUGUUACUCUCAUAAUGAAUGAUAAUGGUUUAACAGGAACCAUUCCAGAAACAUUCGGGGACAACUUGAACUCCCUUGAGGAGUUAAAUCUUGCAAAUAAUGAGCUCAAAGGCCAAAUACCUCUAUCCUUGUUUCAUAGUUGUAAUUUGGCAUGGCUUGACCUAUCCAACAACAACUUGACAGGGGAGUUCCAUGAAUAUAUUCGAGAGUAUUCUCGUUGUGCUCAUAAACCCUUAAAAUUCUUGGAGCUGGUAUGGAAUGAAAUUACGGGGAUGGUGCCUGACCUCUCUCAGCUUCAAUCUUUGCAAGAGUUACGACUUGAUAACAACAGAUUAAAUGGAAGCAUACAUGAAGGUAUUGGACAACUAUCCAACUUAACUGAGUUAAGCCUUGGAAAUAACUUUCUGACAGGUUUGAUAUCUGAAGCUCAUUUCUCAAGACUUUCCCAUCUUGGCACUUUGGAUUUGUCUCAUAAUGCAUUGGCUUUUAAUGUUAGCGUCGAUUGGAUUCCCCCUUUCAAUUUAACUAACAUUUAUUUGGCCCGUUGCAAGUUGGGGCCUGACUUUCCAACAUGGCUUCAUACCCAAACCAUGAUUGACAAUUUGGAUAUUUCCUGUGCUGGAAUUUCUAGCACUGUUCCAAAUUGGUUUUGGGAACGCCUUCCUUUUAUGAUGUAUUUGAAUAUUUCUCACAACCGUUUUCCAGGAAAAAUUGAAGACCCACCUAUUGUUUCUUAUUAUGUGUUUGUAGUAGCUUUUGAUUCUGACCCACAUCUUUCAAUUGAUUUGAGCUUCAAUUUAUUUGAAGGCCCAAUUCCAGCAAUCCUUUCAACUGCUUCAGAAACUUUUUUGUCCAAUAACAGAUUUUCACUUGCAAAUCCUUUUUUAUGUGCAAACUUGACCAAAUCCAUGAGAUUUAUGGAUUUGUCAAACAACGACCUUAGAGGAGAACUUUCGGAUUGUUGGAGGGGUUUUGAGUCAUUGGUCGUCCUAGAUUUAUCCAAUAAUCAGUUUUAUGGAAACAUGCCAAAGUCUUUGGGGUCAUUAAGAAAUAUCAAGUCAAUACAUUUAGGAGGGAAUAAUUUUUCAGGAAAGAUACCAUCAUCCUUGCAUAAUUGCACACAACUACAAAUUUUUUAUGCUGCACGUAAUAAGUUGUCAGGAACAAUACCAACCUGGAUUGGGGAUAAUAUUCCAAAGCUACUUGUACUUAGCUUACAUUCCAAUAACUUUCAUGGUAACAUUCCAUUAAGCAUGUGCAAUCUCGAUGAACUUCGUGUCUUGGACCUCUCUUUAAAUAUUCUGUCUGGCAGUAUACCUAAAUGCAUAAGUAAUCUGUCUGCUAUGGCCACUCAAGCAAAAUCAAAUGCAACGAUUACUCAUGACUAUCAUUAUGAAUAUCGCGAUGGGUUUAGCCGUACUGACUCUGAAGUUUCCGGAGUUUAUAAUGAUAGCGCAUCACUGACAUGGAAAGGGAAAAUGUCAAAAUAUGGAAGCACCCUGGGAUUGUUGAGAAGUAUUGAUUUCUCCAGCAACAGGUUAACAGGGGAAAUACCAACUGAGAUGAUGACUCUUAUUGGCUUGGUUUCUUUAAAUCUUUCAAGAAACUUGUUUAGUGGACACAUUCCUUCAACUAUUGGACAACUGAAGUCAAUAGAUUUUCUUGAUCUAUCCAGAAAUCAUUUGUCAGGAACAAUUCCUUCACAGCUUGCUCAGAUUGACGAUCUCAGUGUUCUUGACUUGUCAUACAAUGAUUUAUCCGGAGAAAUCCCACUUGGCACGCAACUUCAAACUAGGGAUGCAUCUGCUUAUGCAGGAAAUCCAAAACUUUGUGGUGCUCCCCUCAACAACACUUGUCCCAUUCAUGGUCACCAGAUCAGUGAACAUGAUGCUGAUGGUGAUGAUGAACAAUUUGUAAGCGAGGGGUUCUACAUUGCUAUGGCUGUUGGAUUUGUUAUGUCAUUUUGGGGAUUUUGCUUCUCAUUGAUUUUGAAGAAAUCUUGGAGAUAUGCUUAUUUCAAGUUGUUGAGUGAUGUCUAUGACACGCUCUAUGUAUUUACAGCGAUCAAGGUGGCCAAAUUCAAAAGGAUCAGAUCUCAAAUAUGAAGGCAAAAGCACACAGUAUCUUCAUGCAUGUGUAUAUCCAUUUGGAAGGAGACCAAUAACAUUUAGUGAUGCAGUUAAUAUACGAAAAAGUUUGUUAAUAUAAUAAGUAUUAUGUUUGCAUAUUUUAGCGCUGUUUAGGUUUACUGCUGUAGCUGCAGGGUGGAGUGUGGAAGAGGAUGCUUUUUCACAUUUCACCUAUAUUGCAUAGUAUUUGUUAAUUGUUAUUAGUGUGAUUAUCAAACUUAGCCUCGUUUUAUUGCUGUAAUUUAUUUUCGGGGACGAUAUUAAGUGUUAGUUAUUAUGGAAGUGCUUGUGGACUU